AUGCCUGGAUGGAGCGUCGGAGAGCAUCAGUGGGUUGGGCUGGAGCAGCGCAAUGCGGAUAAAUUGGACAAGGCUUUCGAAAUUCGACGGGGUUCGAUCCUCGCCAUACCGUCCUCUGUGUCCAUCUUCAAGACGUCCUUCGUCAUCAGCUGUCUUUGCCUCCUCGGUGAGAUCCCCGUGUUGCAACUUUUACACCACAAUGUCCAAGUCGUCGCCGUUCAAAAAGUCGAUACCUUCCAAGACCUGACUCUCAUUGACACCAGAUCGUUGAUUGGAGGUCAAUGGGUCGGUGCCGCGUCGGGCAAGACUUUCAAACUUUCAGACCCGGAGGACAAUGCUGAGAUCUGCGACAUUGCCGACCUGAGCGGCGAGGACACGCGCGCUGCCAUCGACGCCGCGAGUAAAGCCUUCGAGACCUACCGGCUCACACCUCACCGGGAGCGGCGGUGGCUGAUGCGGCGCUGGGCGGACCUGAUCAAGGCCAACAAGGCAGACCUUGCCGCAUUGUGUACCCUCGAGCUCGGCAAGCCGUACACCGAGUCCCUCGGCACCGUACAGUACGCCGUCGACUUUAUCGAUUGGUUCGAGGGCGGCAUCGAGCGCACGUUUGGCGAAACCAUCCCCGCGGCACGCGGAAACAAUAGGGUCCUCACGAUCAGAGAGCCGCAGGGCGUAGUCGCGUGUAUCACGCCCUGGAACUCCCCCGUGGCGAUGGUCACCCGGAAAGUGGGUGCGGCGAUCGCAGCCGGCAACACCGUUGUGUGCAAGCCAGCGCCGGAGACGCCGCUCUGUGCGAUUGCGCUUGCGAAGUUGUUUGAACGAGCGGGCGGCCCGCCUGGCGUGUUCAACGUCGUUACCGCCGGGGUUGAAAAUACCCCGGCGAUAGGCGAGGAACUGUGUAGUCACCCGGCAGUUAAGCACUUGAGUUUCACGGGGUCUACUGCUGUGGGCCGCCUACUCAAUACGCUCUGCGCCAAAACUAUCAAAAAGACGAGUCUUGAGUUGGGCGGGAAUGCACCGUUUAUUGUGUUUGAAGAUGCCGAUCUCGACAAAGCCGUGGCAGGUCUUAUCACAUCCAAGUUUCGCUCAUCUGGGCAAACGUGCGUGUGCGCAAACCGCAUCUUCGUCCACGCGUCCAUUCUCGACAAGUUUGCUGAUGCGUUGACGGAAGGGCUAAAGCGCACUUUUACCUACGGGUCCGUGUGGGAUAGGAAGGUCAACUUUGGACCCUUAUACGCGGGCAAGGGUAUCGCAAAGGUGGAAGAUCAUUUGGACGACGCUCUGAGCAAGGGCGCCCGCGUCCAUGCGGGCGGCAAAGACACAACCCGCGGACCCAACUUCUUCCCUGCCACGGUCGUGAAGGGGGGCAAGGCUGGGAUGAAGUUCAUGACCGAAGAGACCUUUGGACCCUUGGCGUUUCUCGUGCCCUUCCAGACCGAGCAGGAGGUCAUCAAGAUGGCCAACACGUCCGACGUCGGCUUGGCAGGGUACUUCUACACCGAGGACAUUUCGCGGCUUUGGAGAGUCGCGGAAGCGCUAAAGGUGGGAAUGGUGGGCGUGAGAGUCGGGCUGGUGAGCGCCGCAGAGGCGCCUUUUGGUGGUGUCUUGGAGAGCGGAUUGGGCAGGGAAGGAGGCAUUGCGGCGCUGGAAGAGUACCUGGAUAUCAAAUCCAUAACUAUCGGUAUCUGA